UUCCCGCCGGGCCGGUUUGGCGGUUGCCAGGCGCCGAGUUCCGGCGGUGCCGGAUCGCCGGCGGCGCCGGGCGGGGGAUGCGGCGGGGCGGCGGCGGCACCGGGACAUGGAGCGGCGCUGAGGCGGCUCGGGCCGGCCGGGGGCGCGGGCACUGCGGCGCCGGGCGCGGGCCCAUGGUGGCCGGCGGCCGCUGAGCGCCGCGGCCGCGGAGGCAGCCCGGGCGGAGCCGCCCUGGGGUCCCGAGGGCGGAGGCCGGCGGGGGCCCCGGGCGGGGAACAAUGAAGCUGCUGAAGCCGACCUGGGUCAACCACAAUGGUGAGGGCCGGCCGGGCAGCAGGUGCCGCGGGCCGGCGGGGCAGCAGGUGCCGCGGGCCGGCCGGGCAGGAAAGCCAAUAUUUUCAGUGGACAUUCACCCAGAUGGGACCAAGUUUGCAACAGGAGGACAAGGUCAGGAUUCUGGCAAAGUUGUGAUCUGGAAUAUGGCUCCAGUCCUGAAAGAGGAAGAUGAAAAGAAUGAAAAUAUCCCCAAGAUGCUUUGUCAGAUGGACAAUCACUUAGCGUGUGUGAACUGUGUGCGAUGGUCAAACAAUGGCGUUUACUUGGCCUCGGGGGGAGAUGACAAGUUGAUUAUGGUGUGGAAACGAGCUGCGUACAUUGGACCUAGCACUGUGUUUGGUUCUAGUAGCAAACUUACUAAUGUUGAGCAGUGGAGGUGUGUGUCGAUUCUCAGAAGCCAUUCAGGGGAUGUGAUGGAUGUAGCAUGGUCUCCACAUGAUGCCUGGCUGGCAUCCUGUAGUGUUGAUAACACUGUUGUCAUCUGGAAUGCUGUCAAAUUCCCAGAAAUUCUUGCCACUUUGAAGGGGCAUUCUGGCUUGGUGAAAGGGCUGACCUGGGAUCCAGUUGGGAAAUACAUUGCUUCUCAGGCUGAUGAUCGCAGUUUGAAGGUGUGGCGGACCAUGGACUGGCAGCUGGAAACCAGCAUCACAAAGCCCUUCGAUGAGUGUGGAGGGACGACUCACGUGCUGCGCCUCAGCUGGUCACCCGAUGGUCACUACCUUGUUUCUGCUCAUGCCAUGAACAAUUCUGGACCCACUGCUCAGAUCAUUGAGAGGGAUGGAUGGAAAACCAACAUGGAUUUUGUAGGGCAUCGGAAGGCAGUUACAGUAGUGAAAUUCAAUCCAAAAAUCUUCAAAAAGAAACAAAAGAAUGGGAGCUCCACCAAGUCAAGUUGUCCCUACUGCUGUUGUGCUGUUGGUAGCAAAGAUCGAUCUCUUUCUGUCUGGCUCACGUGUCUGAAGCGACCUUUAGUUGUCAUACAUGAGCUGUUUGACAAGUCAAUCAUGGACAUCUCCUGGACCCUUAAUGGACUGGGAAUUCUGGUGUGUUCCAUGGAUGGAUCAGUGGCAUUUUUGGACUUUUCCCAAGAUGAACUUGGGGAUCCACUCAGUGAGGAGGAAAAGAGCAACAUUCACCAGUCCACCUAUGGCAAAAGCCUGGCCAUCAUGACUGAGGCUCAGCUGUCCACCACCAUCAUUGAGAAUCCAGAGAUGCUCAAGUACCAGCAGAGGCAGCAGCAGGGGGAGCAGAAGAACGCGUCCAUUCGGGAGGGCUCUGGGAAUGCCACAGCGCCCAAGGUGGCAAGCAUGGUUAACGGGGAGAGCCUGGAGGACAUCAGGAAGAAUCUCUUGAAAAAGCAAGUUGAAACGCGAACUGCAGAUGGUCGGAGAAGGAUCACACCUCUCUGCAUAGCUCAACUGGACACUGGGGAUUUUUCUACAGCCUUUUUCAAUAGCAUCCCAAUAUCUGGAACUCUGUCUGGCUCAAUGAUGUCUUCUCAAAGUAACCAGCAGCUCAUGUCACUGGAUUCUAACGCAGCAAAUUCCCUUAAUACUUCAAAGCCUUCUGUAGAGCCAACAGCAGCCAGUAUAAAACCAACAGAUGAUGCAGCCAAUAAAGAUGGUGUAAAUGCUACCUCUGCCUCAGCUGCUCCUUCUGCAUCGUCUUCCUCCGUGUUGACAACUCCAUCCAAGAUUGAGCCCAUGAAAGCGUUUGAUUCUCGAUUCACAGAACGAUCCAAAGCCACCUCAGGGACUGCUGUUGUAACAAACACAAAUCAGACUGUUGUGGACAGACUUCUUUUUUACAGACUGAAGGAUCAGAAUUUAAUUAAAGACAAUAAGCCCAAGGAUAUUCUGGAGAGCAGCAGUGACAGUGAAGAGAAGAUUCCAGCUGUUAAACCACUGAGUGUACCCAAACGGAAACUGGAACUUGAGGGAGAAACAGUAGAAAAGAAGAAAAAGGGAAGGCCUCGGAAAGACUCCAGACUUGUACCAGUAACUUUAACUGUUCAGUCCCCCGCUGCACUGGCCUCUGAGAAGGAUGCUGCUUGCAUCUCUGCACCAGCAUUAGCACUUAAACUGCCAACCCCAAUCCCACAGAAAUCGUUUACUUUGCAAAUAAGUUCAGACCCAUCAAUGUACCUGGAAGUGGAGAAUGAAAUGACCACAGUGGGGGGCUCAAAGUUGAGCAGGUUAAAGUGUAAUCGAGAAGGGAAGGAGUGGGAGACAGUCCUCACCAGUCGCAUCCUCGCUGCAGCAGGAAGCUGUGAGAUUGUGACUGUGGCCUGUGAGAAACGAACACUGUCAGUAUUUUCAGCUUGUGGCCGUCGCCUUCUUCCUCCCAUCGUGCUGAACACACCCAUUUCCACCCUGCACUGCACAGGUUCUUGCAUCAUGGCUCUCACCACUGCUGCUACUCUCUCUGUUUGGGAUGUUCACAAGCAGAUAGCCAUUGUUAGAGAUGAGUCUUUGCAAACAAUAUUUUCAGGAAGUGAUGCAACUGUGUCUCAGAUCUUGCUGACUCAGCAUGGGAUUCCUGUCAUGAGCAUGUCUGAUGGGAAGGCAUACUGCUUUAAUCCUUCUCUUUCUACCUGGAACCUUGUUUCUGACAAACAGGACUCUCUGGCACAAUGUGCAGACUUCAGGACCAGUUUGCCCUCCCAGGAAGCCAUGCUGUGCUCUGGGCCCUUGGCUGUCAUACAGGGACGCACCUCAAAUUCAGGAAGGCAAGCUGCAAGAUUGUUCUCCAUGCCUCAUUUAGUGCAACAAGAAACAACCCUUGCAUACCUGGAGAACCAGAUAGCAGCAGCACUUAUCUUACAGUCCAGUCACGAGUAUCACCACUGGCUCCUUAUCUAUGCACGGUACCUAGUUAAUGAAGGGUUUGAAUAUCGUUUGCGAGAAUUAUGCAAGGAUUUACUGGGUCCAGUCCAUUACUCAGCUGGAAGUCAGUGGGAAUCAACAGUUAUGGGUUUACGGAAGAGAGAACUAUUGAAAGAGCUUCUUCCUGUUAUUGGACAGAACCUCCGCUUCCAGAGGCUUUUCACAGAGUAUCAAGAGCAGCUGGACAUCUUGAGAGACAAGUAGCAUGUCCCCAGAUUUUCCCUGUGGGGCCUGGAAUGAGAGAAACUGCUGAACAGCAUUAACCCGAGACAAAAGGAGCGAGAGCCCGGCCAGUGGGGACACUCCUGAAGAAGGGCUGUGCACAGAGGUCCCAGCAGAUUCCUGGAAGUGCUGAGUGGAGGAGCUCGACAGUUUCCCAAGUGGAACUUGACCAUUGAAGCUGUGACCUCUGUUUCUAUGGAAAGUCAUGGAUAUGUACUUCAGGGGGAUCCUUUUGGAUCUGGAUCUCAUUUAAUAUUAAAACUAGCUGAGAACUGUU